AUGGCCACCUCUACCGACAUUUCCGAUAUCCCCGAUGGUCGCUUACUUCAAGUCUUCUCUUCUCGUCUCAGCCAAGAUGACAUAUCCGCAGAUAUUAUUGCUAUACACGGUCUGGGGACUACCUCUCCCAAGACAUGGGAAGCUAUAGGAAACCAAGCAUGUGGUGUCCAAAGACCACGGGUCAAUUGGCUCAGUGACAAUGACAUGCUGCCCGAUGUCGUUCCCUCCGCCAACAUAUUUACCUUUACUUGGAAUUCGAAGUACUACGAGAAUGCGCCUGUUGCACGUAUACAUGACGUGGCAGAUGUCCUCUUGAGUAAGCUCCGAAGCCAGCGGGACAAGGGAAACACGCACCCAAGACCGCUCAUUUUCAUAGCUUCAUGCUUUGGGGGACUCAUCGUUACGAAGGCUCUCGAAAUCGCCAAUAUCACAGGAAGCGAGUAUCAGAAAUUGGUCGUUGCAACAUCCGGGGUUAUUUUCCUCGGGUCUCCUCUGCAAGGCACACGCGCCGGAACGGCAGCACAGUGGAGAGCCAUGCUCGCGGGUGUUCUCAACAAAAGCCCUUCACAGACGCUGCUUCAAGAUCUCGAUGGCGGUACUAAAGCACUACUUGAGACAUCAGAGCGAUUCGCCAAAAUGAUUAGAGCUCCUCCAAUGCAGACAAUGACGAAGUUUUUCUGGGAAUCCAAACGGACUCAAUUAGCCAACGCAAUACUCCCACGCCGGAUGACAAAGUUCUGGACGAAAACAAACAGGAUUCUCGUCGAAGAAGACUCUGCUUGCUUCUUGGGACUUCCAAAACAACAGCUUGACGCGGCUCAUGUGAUGAUGAACAAGUUUCUUGGCCCUACCGACGCGAACUUCGAGCUGGUCAGUGAUACCAUCAAGGAAAUGGUGGGAGAAGCAAAAAGAAUUACUCUUGCUCAACGAGAAGCUGUAAAUAUCCAUAAUGAGCAUUUUAUGGUUUCUCGACUAGUAAACUCAGUGUUUACUGGCCGAGAGAAAGAGAUCAAGAAUCUUCAGCAAUCACUAUCCCCCUCUCGUUCGACAGACUCGCAGGCCAGAAAGCCAAAGACAUAUGUGAUCGAAGGUUUGGGGGGAGCCGGGAAGAGCGAAGUGGCUCUGAAGUUCGCGUACGAUAACCGCGACGUGUUCUGGGGUGUCUUUUGGCUCGAUGCGAGCAGCAAAAAUUCACUCAAGCGCGGUUUCGUGGAUAUUGCCGAGAAGUGCGACCUGCACGACAAGAGCUUCGAAGGUGCCAGGUCGUGGCUCCAAGAGACCUCUCACUCUUGGUUGCUCAUUUUGGACAACGCCGAUGAUCCUACUCUUGACUAUAAUCUGUAUCUACCCGCCGCGUCGAAAGGAAACGUCCUGAUAACUUCACGCGUCCCAAAGCUUGCAAAUCUCCAGACGGCUGGGAAUGACCACUACGAAAAUCUCAGUGAAGAAACAGCGGUCGAGCUUCUCUUAAAAGCCUCUAAGAUUGACUUGAGCCUGUACAGGACUCACGAUGUUGAUGCUCGGAAUAUCGUGGGUCUUUUAGGCUGCCAUGCUCUCGCAAUCGUUCUAGCUGGAGCAUCUAUUAGCCAAGGAAUCUGUGAUCUUGAAGACUACGCGGAGACGUUCAAGAAACAGCGACAACGGCUUUGGGACAUUUCACCCGCCCUGGAAAAAUCGCGAUACGGCAAUGUCUACGCCACCUUUGAGGUCUCGGCUACUUACCUUUGCGACCUGAGCGAUCGCGGAGAUCAGACUGCAACAGAUGCACAGACUGCGACAGAUGCACUUGAGCUACUCAAUUGUUAUGCUUUCAUGAAUUUUACAAAGUUCCCAGAAACGACAUUCGAAGAGGCGUGGCGGAACUCGAGGGAACUUCCUCCUGACGUACAGCCGGAUACAGAAGAGCGAAUUGACGACCUUUCACCUUGGCAUAGAUCUCAUCUUCCAAGUUUUAUGCGGCGAGAUUUGUCUGAAGACCUCGACACGAUUUCCCUUCGCAGGGCCCAAUCUUUGCUCGCCUCUCUCUCCAUUGUUGUACUCGACUUGCCCGCACACACAACAAGAAUGCAUCCUGUCACGCACAUGUGGGCUAGGGACCGCCUGGAGGAGCAGAAGAGUUGCACAAAUGCUUGGCUAGGCGCACUCGCUGUCCUUUGCUGUUCGAUCAAAAGUCCUUACGAGCAGGAAGCUUUGUGGGUGCAGCUCCAGCCGCAUAUCGAGUUGAUCAAAAAACCUUCACCUGGUGAUUACCUCUACAGCAACAAAUUCCAUCUCCAUCAGUCUUUCUAUCGACUGAGCUGGGUUCUGCAUAAAUUACGAGCUGAUAAAGCGGUGAUUGAAAUGCUUCAGGCGUGUUUUAUAGAGGCGGAUCAGUCUUGGACCAAGUUUACCUAUGCUGAAGACAUUGGAUAUCUUUACGGUAGAUGCUUACGAAACCAUGGAGACAUCAAAAAAGCCAUACAGACGCUCGAAUAUGUCGCUAAGAUUAGAAAAGAAAAGCUGGCCGAAGACCAUCCUGAUCGACUUGCUUCUCAACAUGAGCUAGCCCAGGCUUAUGAAGCAAAUGGACAGAUUGGCAAAGCCGUUGAAUUGCUCGAGCAUGUUGUUAAGGUUAAAGAAAAGCUAGCCGCAGACCAUCCUUCUCGACUUGCUUCGCAGCACGCGCUAGCCGGGGCUUAUGAAGCAAAUGGACAGAUUGGCAAAGCCGUUGAAUUGCUCGAGCAUAUUGUUAAGGUUGAAGAAAAUCUAGCCACAGACCAUCCAUCUCGACUUACUUCGCAGCACGCGCUAGCCGGGGCUUAUCGAGUAAAUGGACAGAUUAGCAAAGCCGUUGAAUUGCUCGAGCAUGUUGUUAAGGUUGAAGAAAAGCUGGCCGCAGACCAUCCUUCUCGACUUGCUUCGCAGCAUGCGCUCGCCUUAGCUUAUCAAGUGAAUGGGCAAGUUGAUGAAGCCAUCAAGCUACUCGAGCAUCUCGUUAAGAUUGAAAAAGAAAAGCUAGCCGCAGACCAUCCAUCUCGACUUACUUCGCAGCAUGAGCUCGCCUCAGCUUAUCGAGUGAAUGGGCAAGUUGACGAAGCCAUUGAACUGCUCAAGCAUGUCGUUGAGAUUGAAAAAGAAAAGCUGGCCGCAGACCAUCCUGAUCGACUUACUUCGCAGCACAUGCUCGCGUUAGCUUAUGAAGACAAUGGGCAAGUUGACGAAGCCAUCAAGCUACUCGAACAUGUCGUUGAGAUUAGACAAGAAACGCUGGCCGAAGAUCAUCCUUCUCGACUUGUCUCACAGAAAGCGCUCGCCCGAAUGUAUCGAAAAAAGGGACAAGCCGACAAGGCCGAAGGGAUUGAGGGUAGACCCACACCGGAGACGAGCCGUUGA